AUGGGUUGCAGCUGCAGCGCUCGGCGACAAGCCUCGCCCGCCCACACCAUGUACGUCGCACACCAAGCAACAACUCACAUCUGCAGAUCAGCUCCACGGCAAGCCAAGCGCCGGCGAAACCAAACCCAAGAUUCCAUGGACGACCCCGAUGCUGAAGAACCGGCGCUGGACCGACCAGCACUGGACCCCCAUCGCGCGGCAUUCCUGCCUAAUUCCGGCGGCAACGCACCCCGUGGCGAAUCUAGCGGCCUCGCGCAACGCAUGGCCUACUUCGAUAAGAAGUGCCUCAUCCGGUCCAGCCUCAAUGACCAGUCUAGCCCCAUUCGCAACGGCGACCAGGAACACCACCAAAUGGUGCGCUGGACUCUCGACGAUUCAGACAUAGCCGCCAACUUCUGGGUCCAGGGGCCCCCGCAACCACGGAAGGGGCUCGUCCACGAAGACAUUUUGCUGGGCUGGAACGAACUGGACGAUGGCAAGUUUGCGGACCCGAUGGGGAGUUUGACGCUGUCGAACAAACAGUAUUAUAAAAUUCAUGCGUGGAAAAGGAUCAGCGAACUGGAAGUCCCGUACUACGCCUUGUCCGAAUCCAAGGAGUUCAGCACCUUGGUCAGCGAUGAUGAUGGACGACCGAUGCGGCCGGGCGAGCCACUUAAGGCCCGGAUAAUGGCCGAAAAUCCAAAGGCGGUCUCCAUUCGCCAGGGUUUCGUCGGCGACUGCUCAUUUCUCUCGAGUUUGGCUUCUUUGGCAGAAUAUGCCGCUCGAACAAGCAUUAAGGUCUUGCGUCCACUGCUAUAUCCGCAGGACAACCAGGGGUGUCCUAUAAUAAACCCGCACGGAAUGUACGGCUGUAAACUAUACUUUAAUGGCAGCCACCGAAAAGUCGUCGUGGACGACUUUGUACCGGUUAAAAAGGAUGGCCGCGUCCUUUCUGCCCAUACGGUGAAUCAGCGAGAUAUGUGGGUCACGCUUCUGGAGAAAGCAUUUAUCCGCCUGUCCGGUGGAGCAUACUAUAUGCACGGCAGCAAUCCGGGUUCGGAUUUAUUUCAUCUGACCGGUUGGCUACCCGAAACCGUCCCGUUCAAAAAGGAGACGAUGAAUCGCAGCAGCAGCCAUGCCGUCAGCGGCAGCAGUCGGCAUCAGGACCGAUCUGGCGGCAAAAAUCCGUCUGGAGGAAAAAUGGAAGCGCGCGCUGAAGUGCGCGCACACGUGUGUGCUGCCUCGGGGCCGAUGUCAAAAAGCCCGUCUGCUCGCGGCAUGGGUCGCUGGGACGCAGUUUGGCAGCAAAUGUAUCGAGGGUUCGUCGGCGGGACCUGCGUAGUCUGUUUGGGAACGUCUGAAGUGGCUGAUAGCGCGCCGAGUGGCUUAGAGUAUGUAGAGGGAGUGAGUAUGAGCAGCGGGAUAGUAGCGCGGCAUGCGUACGCGGUGAUUCGCAUGGUGGAGCACGGCCCGCUCAAGUUGGUGUUAGUGCGAAAUCCAUGGUCGGUGAUUCGGUGGAAGUUAUCGUUCUGUCCGGGAGAUCCGUGUUGGACGCCGGAAUUGGAGCGGUUGUGUGGCUAUAAUUCCUCGAAGGCGGCAGAGGUGGACGACGGUUGUUUCUGGAUUCGUUGGGAGGACAUAAUUCUGUGGUUUUCGCACGUCUACAUUUGUUGGAAUUCAAACUGUUUGCGUUACCGAAUAUCGCUGGACGACAUCUGGGGCGACGACGUGCAUUUGCAGGAAAGCCUGUUGCCCGAUGACACGCAUCUGAUUCUGUACAACCCACAGUUCCGCUUCAAAGUGUGUCCCGUGUUCGCGCAGACGCGGCAACAGUACAAAGAGCUCCAGGCCCGGCGACAAACCAACCCCGAGGCCUUUGUGGUCACCGUCUGGGUCCUCCUCAGUCGGCACCUGCAGUUACGCAAUCGUGACGCUCAUCAACGCUAUAUUGCCUGUCACGUCUACCGUGGCAACCGUCGUCAAAUCUGCGGAAACGGCGCCGUCCAUCAAGGCAUCUAUAGCAACGGUGAGUGCGUCCUGCUACGACUAGACGUCCUGCGCCCCGUGGUCCUCGGUAACGCCGGUACCACCAUCGUCUGGACCCCGCCCACACCGCACAACGAGUCCACCCACACCUCGAACAACUACCAUGCCUUCCACCCAUCGAACAACGAAGAUCGCUCGCUGGGCCGAACUGGAGGAGCGAAACUCCGUGCCAACACGGAAGCCAGCAGCAACACUGCGGACAUGGCCAGCUACGGCGACACGGCGGGCUAUGUCGAUGUGGCCAGUUGCGGCGGCGACGCGGCCAGUAGCGGCGAAAUGGUAGAGACCACCACCUGGAGCGGUCUGGAGCGCUGUAUUCUGGAGCCGAACUUCGUGGACAACUCCUCCGUGGACGAGAUAACCGGUAGUAACACUCAGUACUUGGAUGACGAGGAACAUGUGCUAGUUGUCUCGCAAUAUGGUCAAAAAUCCACCUUCAAGUUUACGCUACGCAUGCAUGCCAAUUUACCUAUCGCUGUCAGACAGUUGCCGCCCCUAAUUCCUAACACGGGCGUGGACGCAUCCCUGCUGCCUUGUGGCAGCCCGGUGGCUAACGAGACGACCGCCUUUGCCUCCAAAGGGCGUCUUAAUCCGAACCUGAACUCCCCCGGUUCGAAUCCAAGUGCGUACCAAAGUGCGCACCAAGGUUCGAAACCGGGUAAGUUAUGGCAGACUAUUCGGAUCAAUGACCAGUGGAACCGUAGCAACUCUGGCGGCUGCUCAAACGACUUGUGGGAGUACUUUCGGAAUCCGCAUUACCGACUGGAAGUGCCUGUGCGCUGUCGUGUGAUCAUUGUGCUUGAGACGCCCGCGGACGUCUCAGUGGGACUACGACUAUUUACUUCCCGUUUCGCCUCGCCGCGGGCACUUCGGACAUGCACCGCCUACUCCUCGGGUAGUUACCGCCAGAACGCCUGUUGUCUGGACUUGCGCCUGAACCCGGGGGAAUAUACCCUAAUCCCCAGUACCUUCAGCAACAACCAGUUCGUCAAAUACCAGAUCACUUGUCAUCUUGACAUCCCGGACGCUACUCUUAACACAGUGACAGAGAAGCUGCGUCUUUGCACGGCCUCUCGUGGACACUCGAGUGUGUUGCCGGAUGGCCGGUGCGGUAACGAAAUCUACUACCAUGGUUUGUGCUUGAUGGCGAUUCCGUAUCCGUUCUGUAAGGAAAGCCGUUUCGUAUCGGAGUAUCACGGCAGUAGUAUGUUGAGGCUCUUUGCACUGAAGCCAGUAGUAGCCAAGUCGCCGCUGUCGGUGCGGUUGCAGGUACAUGACCGCAGUCUUAGCGGCGAAGUUUGGCCGUCGCUGACGGUGCUCUGUGUCCUGCGAGGGCCACGACAGGCAGAAAACGACCUGGGGCUGCAGACUGUGGACUGGGCGCGAUAUGGCCGACUGCAGGCGCUUCGGCAACAAGAUAGCGCCGUAGUCGGUGUCCUGACCUUUUCGGACAUUGAAGGCGGCCUCAGUGCUGACGCCAAGACCCCCAGCUCCGCCGCGGCCCGCCUCUACACCAAGUACAACAUCGUUUGUAUCUCAUCCGUCUCCGUCUAUGGACCACCCGCCGCCCAAAUAGAGUACUAUCUCUACCUCAGUCCCGUCCCCGCAGAGUACGCGCAAGCAAGAGAUAGACCCACCUGCCGCGCAGAUUUCUGGAACUCCUUCUACGAUACCACUGCCUCCUGCAGCUACACCCUCAGCAUCAUGGGCUUGCCAAACCACGUGCAAAUCCGAGAACUUUUUCCCUAG